UGGUCUGUAGUGACUUAUACUGGUUUAUACUGGUCCAUACUGGUCCAUACUGGUCUGUACUGGUCCCUACACACCCAUACUGCUCCAUUCUGUUGAAACAGGUCCAUACUGGUCCGUAGUGACUUACACUGGUUUAUACUGGUUUCUAAUGGUUUCUACCGGUGCAUACUGGUGUCUACCGGUUCCUACCGGUCCGUACCGGUUCCUACUGGUUUCUACUGGUCCGUACUGGUUUCAGGGUGAGGCCAUCAAUCGCAUCGAGCUGCACAUCCUGCAGUCGGGGACGGCGGUGCACAAAGGGCAGCGGCAGCUCAGGACGGCGCGGGAACAGCAGGGCAAGGCCAGGAGGAAACGCUUCAUGAUGGCCGCCUGCCUCGUCCUCACCCUCGUUAUCCUCAUCACCAUCAUCGCUGCUUCAGUGACCGCCGGCUGAGCCCCGCCCCCUUGCUCGAUGCUGAUUGGCCGGUCCCGUGCCUUAGCCCCGCCCUCCCUCCAUUCGGAGGGUGCGUGUGGGUUGGGUUGAGCACUUCCUGUCUCUACUGACGGCACUUCCUGUUGCUGCUGACGUCACUUCCUGUCACUAAUGAUGUCACUUCCUGAAGCUGUGGAAGUCUCUUCCGGAACAAUACUGACAUCGCUGGCCACUUCUGAUGUCACUUCCUGUCGUUAUUGAUGUCACUUCCUGUCACUAUUGACAUCACUUCCUGUCUCUACUGACGUCGCUUCCUGCUGCUAUUGUUCUCACUUCCUGUUGUUACUGACGUCACUUCCUGCUGCUAAUGACGUCACUUCCUGCUGCUAAUGACGUCACUUCCGGUCGCGAUUGCUGUCACUUCCUGCUGCUAUUGAUCUCACUUCUUGUCACUCAUGACAUCAUUUCCUGUCGCUAUUGACGCCACUUCCUGUUGGUAUGGACACCACUUCCUUACGCUAUUAAUGUCACUUCCUGUCACUACCAACACCACUUCCUGACACUACUGACGUCACUUCCUGUCUUUACUGACCCCACUUCCUGGCGUCACUGACGUCACUUCCUGGCACUGCUGACGUCACUUCCUGGCGCCACUGACAUCUCUUCCUGUCUCUACUGACCUCAUUUCCUGUCUCUACUGACCUCACUUCCUGUCUCUAGUGAUCUGACUUCCUGGCGGCACUGAUGCCACUUCCUGUCACUACUGACCUCACUUCCUGGCGCCACUGACAUCACGUCCUGUCAGUACUUACAUCACUUCCUUUCACUACUGACCUCACUUCCUGGUAUUACUGAUGUCACUUCCUGUGUCUACUGACCUCACUUCCUGUCUCUACUGAUAUCACUUCCUGUCUCUACUGAUAUCACUUCCUGGCACUACUGAUGUCACUUCCUGUCAGUACUAACACCACUUCCUGGCGGCACUGACGUCACUUCCUGUCUCUACUGACCUCACUUCCUGUCACUCCUGACGUCACUUCCUGUCCAUGUUUGGGACAGGGGUCACAUGACACUGUUCUGAGCUACCUCGGCUGCGUCGUCCCCCAUUCUGACCCCAUUGACCCCGUUGUGACCCCACUGUGACCCCAUUGUGACCCCAUUUCCUGCACUGACCCCAUUGUGACCCCAAUGUCCCCAUUUCCCCUAUUGACCCCAUUGUGGCCC